CGUCCCACCCUCACAGCCAGUGGCGCGGCGUGGGAACCCUGCCGGUGCCCGCCGCCGCUCCAUGCGGCCCCGGCCCCAGCGCCGGUGAAGCCGCGUCUCCAGCGGAGCUUGCCCAGCUCUCCGCCCCGGGCGCGGCAGGACCAGCUCACCAGUCGCGCCACUCGGCGCCCGUGCCAUGGCGGGAGAUGCCCGGUGAGGACCGGCGCGCCGAGGGCUGGGCUCCCCGGCGCGGUGCAGAGCGAGGCAGCGGCCUGGAUGUGUGAAGAGUCCCCAUGGCUUUGCAGCAGGCGAAGCCCCAGGGCCCGAGCGCCGCUGGGCGGGCGGUGCUGGGACGCGGGUUCCGGUCCCGCGCGUGUAGUGGCCUUGGCGGGGCCGGUGUGGGAGCCGCGCGCUGCCCCGGCGUGAGGGGUCCCGGAGCCACGCGGGGUCCCAAAGCCGGCGCGCCCCAGGAUGCACCGCCGCCACCGCCGCCACCGCUGCCGCCGCUGCUGCUGGGACUCCUGCUGCUGGCGGCCCUUCCAGAGCACAGCGGGGCGGACCCAGGAGCAGACGAUCUACAGAUAAAGGUCACCCCGACCCCAGAGCCAUUUUCACAUGGGAAAUGGCUGCCGAUUUCACCAACAUGGCCUUUCUCAGAUGCCAGGUCUUCUCCAGCAGUGGACAGGGUCAAGAACGUGCCAGGACCAUCCCCUGAAAAUGCGAGCUUGCUGCAGUUGGCCCAGACGCCUGUGCCUCGGACUUCCCGCAAAACUAGGGCUCAUGCAGACUUCCUUUACCAAGGAAGUGGACACAGCGCCUCCUUUGAACCUUCCAAGGAUUCCUCUGAGUCCCUGGAGCACCCAAGGCCUCGAGGAGGAAGAGAAGUGGCCGACAUAUCAGUGGACUCUUCAGUAGCGUUCAAGAUAGAGCCAACAACAGCAGCAGCCACAUUGUUUUUGAGAAAAUCAAGUACACUGGCUCUGUCUGCAGCCCUGGUUGCUAAGGGCACCAGCAGCAGUGGAUUAGCCAAGAGUAGUCUGACCACUGUUUUGGCUAAAAAUGCCACACACAAAGUGGCAUCCAGCCCCAAGGUGGUGCCUGGGGCAGUCCAUACAGCCUUCCCGUUUAUACCAACCUACAUGAUGUCAAGAACAGCACACACCGUGAGCACACAGACAAUGCAAGGGAUCCCUGGCACUGCCUCCAGCCUGCUGUCCACAACACACCUUCCCAGGAAAUCACAAGCCAUGCACACUGGUCUCCCAAACUCCGCCAACCCAGAGGUGCCCAGAGCUUCCACCCCACGCCCGCUGACAGUCACAGCAGCACUGACCUCAGGCACAGCACCAGUAAAGGCGACUCGGCUGCCACCGUUGCCAGCAGAAAACACAGAUGCUGCUCUUCUUGCAGUGUCGACCGCAAUGGUCACUACCAGCAAGAUGGCAUCCAACCUGGAGUGCCAGAUGUCCAGGAAGCUCCUGGUGAAGAUAGUUCUCUUUGUAAUGCCGAGGAGAGCACAGAGCAGUGAGACCUUGAAGCUCUCCGUGGCCAAGGGUCUCACGCAGGCCUUGCGGAAGGCUUUCCGCCAGAGUGAUGUCGCUGCCCAUGUGGACAUUCUAGAACAUUCUCAUAAUGUCACAAUUGGUUAUUAUGUUACCAAAGGGAGAUUAGUGUACCUGCCUGCCAUAGUGAUGGAGACACUUGGUGUUUAUGGAGUCAGCAAUGUCACAGCAGAUCUGAAGCAACACACUCCAAACUUGCAGUCUGUGGCAGUCCUUGCUUCCCCAUGGAAUCCCCAGCCUGCAGGCUACUUCCAGCUGAAAACAGUGCUGCAGUUUGUGAGCCCAUCGGACAACGUCCAGUCCUGCAGGUUUGCUCAGACAAUGGAACAGAGACUGCAGAGGGCAUUCCAGGAUGCUGAGAGGAAAGUCCUGAAUACCAAAAGCAACUUGACAGUGCAGGUCGUGAGCACAUCCAAUGCCUCACAAGCAGUCACCCUGGUUUACGUCGUGGGCAAUCAGAGUGCCUUCCUCAAUGGCACUGUGGCCAGCAGUCUCCUUAGCCAGCUCUCCGCUGAGCUGGUGGGGUUCUACCUCACCUACCCACCACUCUCCAUUGCAGAACCUCUGGAAUAUCCCAACCUUGAUAUAUCAGAAACAACUAGAGACUACUGGGUCAUCACAGUGCUGCAGGGAGUGGACAAUUCGCUGGUGGGCCUGCACAACCAAAGCUUUGCCCGAGUCAUGGAGCAGCGCCUGGCCCAACUGUUCAUGAUGUCCCAGCAGCAAGGCCGGCGCUUUAAACGGGCCACCACCCUGGGAAGCUAUACUGUGCAGAUGGUGAAGAUGCAGCGUGUGCCAGGACCCAAGGACCCAGCGGAGCUGACCUACUACACGUUGUACAACGGGAAGCCUCUGCUGGGCACCGCGGCCGCCAAGAUCCUCAGCACCAUUGACUCCCAAAGGAUGGCCUUGACCCUGCAUCACGUUGUCCUUCUGCAAGCUGACCCCGUGGUGAAGAACCCGCCCAAUAACCUGUGGAUCAUUGCUGCGGUGCUGGCGCCCAUCGCCGUGGUCACGGUCAUCAUUAUCAUCAUCACCGCCGUGCUCUGCAGGAAGAACAAGAAUGACUUCAAGGCAGACACCAUGAUUAACCUGCCGCAGAGAGCCAAGCCUGUACAGGGCUUCGAUUAUGCCAAGCAGCACCUGGGCCAGCAAGGGGCGGAUGAGGAGGUCAUUCCUGUGACGCAGGAGACGGUCGUCCUCCCGCUGCCCGUGAGAGAUGCUCCUCAGGAGAGAGACGUCGCUCAGGACGGGAGCACCAUCAAGACAGCCAAGUCCACGGAAACCAGAAAGAGCAGGUCGCCCAGUGAGAAUGGCUCUGUUGCCAGCAACGAAUCAGGGAAGCCCAGCUCAGGGAGACGCUCACCCCAGAAUGUCAUGGCCCAGCAGAAAGUGACAAAGGAGGAGGCAAGGAAGAGAAAUGUGCCAGCCAGCGACGAAGAAGAGGCAGCAGUUCUUUUCGACAGCUCAGGCAAGGCAGCUGCAGAUCCCUUCGAUACAUCCUCGGGUUCCGUGCAGCUCAUUGCGAUAAAACCCACAGCCCUGCCCGUGGUGCAGCCGCCCACUGACAGGAGCCAGGAGUCCACGGCCGUCCUCAAUGGGGAGGUGAACAAAGCGCUGAAGCAGAAGUCAGACAUCGAGCACUAUCGGAACAAACUGCGCCUCAAAGCCAAGAGGAAGGGGUAUUACGACUUCCCCCCAGCGGAGGCAAACAAGGCCCUGACCGAAAGGAAGAAGAUGUACGAGAAAGCCCCAAAGGAAAUCGAGCAGGUUUUGGAAGCAGACCCGGAACUGUGUGCUCCGUUUGUGGAGUCUAAAAACAGGCAACAGAUGAAGAACUCUGUCUACCGAAGCCGGCAAUCUCUGAACAGCCCAAGCCCAGGCGAGACCGAGAUGGACCUUCUGGUGACCCGGGAGCGACCCCGGCGUGGAAUCCGGAACAGCGGCUAUGACACUGAACCAGAAAUCAUAGAAGAGACCAACAUUGACAGAGUUCACGAGCCCCGGGGCUAUGCCAGGUCGCGCCAGGUGAAGGGCCACUCAGAGACGUCCACACUGAGUUCGCAGCCAUCCAUCGAUGAGGUCAGGCAGCAGAUGCACAUGCUGUUGGAGGAGGCCUUCAGCCUGGCAUCUGCAGGCCACGCAGGCCAGAGCCGGCACCAGGAGGCCUACGGUUCAGCGCAGCACCUCCCCUACUCCGAGGUGGUGACCAGUGCUCCAGGGACCAUGACACGGCCCAGAGCCGGGGUGCAGUGGGUGCCAACCUACCGCCCAGAAAUGUACCAAUACAGCCUGCCCCGGCCGGCUUACAGAUUCUCCCAGCUUCCGGAGAUGGUCAUGGGCUCCCCGCCUCCACCGGUACCACCCCGCACAGGCCCCGUGGCAGUGGCUUCUCUCAGACGGUCCACCUCAGACAUCGGCAGCAAGAGCAGAAUGUCGGAAUCCGCGGGCCCAGAGCAGGCCCAGCUGCAUGACAGCGCCUCCUUCACCCAGGUGUCUCGAGGUCCCGUUGCGGUGGCACAGUUGGAUCAGUCGCCUCUAAAUUACUCAGGUAACACGGUGCCAGCGGUGUUCGCCAUCCCAGCUGCCAACAGACCUGGGUUCACCGGCUACUUCAUCCCAACGCCUCCGUCAUCCUACAGGAACCAGGCCUGGAUGUCCUAUGCGGGAGAGAACGAGCUGCCCAGUCAGUGGGCUGAUUCGGUGCCCCUGCCUGGGUACAUCGAGGCUUACCCCCGGUCGCGGUACCAGCAGGGUUCACCCUCUAGACUGCCUCGCCAGUAUAGCCAGCCAACAGGCAUGCAUCCCAGCCUGGAGCAGGCCCCGGGUCCCUCCACGGCAGCCUCGCAGCAGAGCCUGGCAGAAAAUGACCCCUCCGACACUCCCCUGACCAACAUCUCCACCGCCGCCCUGGUGAAAGCCAUCCGGGAGGAAGUGGCCAAGUUGGCCAAGAAACAGACGGACAUGUUUGAGUUCCAGGUGUAGUCAUGCCUCCAACUGGUGUAGGGGACAGACUAAACCUCCAGAAACAGAUUUUGCGGUUCUUAGCCAAGAACACUGAGCUUGAGACCUGGAGCCCCCC